AUGAAGAACCAAGAGUUUUUGGGUUCAUCGGAGCUAUCCGAUGGGCAUGAUACGACAGAAAUAUCCGCUAGCUCGAAAGCUUCCCAGGCACCCUUAGUAGAAGGCCUCCUGACCCCGGAGCCGGAGCCGGAGCCGGGGACGGAGCCGGAGCCCGAGCCGGAGCCCAAGGUGACGGAGGCAGCCGACGAGCAAGGCCAGCUAGAGGAGAGCGAGGAGAUCCCCGAGCCCUCCGAGUCCUAUGAGCCAUACAUUCUCUGUGAACCCCACAAAUACUGUGGGCCCUUUGAAGCCUACGAACCCUACGACAACGACGAACCCUCUGACCCCUACGAGCCUUACCACUACGAGCCCUACGAGCCCCAGGAGCCCCCAAAGCUCCGUGUGCCCCCUAAGUCCAAGGGCUCCCGCAAGGCCCACAAAGCUGAGCUGCCCCACGGCGCCGCCUUGAGGAUCGCUCCGACUCCGGGGACCAGAAACCUGCCGCCGACUUCCCUGACUUACCCGAGCGAUCAAGGUUACUAUGAGUAUGCAAGGAUAAGUUCUUUUUCUAGGAAGAGACUCCAAGAACUUUCUAAGCCUAAAAAACAGUGGGGAACCCCAGAUAGAAAGCUGUCUUGGGGAAAUCAAGAUCCUAUUCGCCCUAUUAGCCAUAGUGCUUUGAAGAGUCAGCUGACCAAAAGACUCGAGAGCCUUGCCAAGCCCAAGAAGGUUUCCUUCAGAUAUGUACCUAACAGGGCUCAAUAUUACUACAACUGCGGCAGAGGGUCUUCAGUCUGGGAUAUCCCUUUUCCUGUACUGAUGAGAAGACCUUCCAAAAGGAUCCAGAGGCUGUCACAGCCCAACAGAUUCGGGACAACACAGCUAAUAAAUAGGUCCCUCAGUGAUUACUUAACAAGAGGUUCUCUUCCAGUCUGUGCUCCUUCUCCCCGGAUAUUACGACUCUCAAUAGCCAAAGGCCUCAGUCCAGACUAUAUUCCUCCAAAAGAUAUAACCCAAGCUGCCUUGCUAACUACACCUAGCCCUCGAACAGUAUUUCUAGCUAAGGCCAAAACUCUUCAUCAAGAUUAUAUAACCUCACCGUGAUCCCUACUGGCCAGCUCUUAUGCUGCUACACAUUCCAAAAUAUCUCCCAGAAUUGAGAAGUUCUUUUCCCCCCAUUCCAGGACUCCUAUGCACAUUGUGUACUACGAUCCAGAGGUCUUCAAAGUCAAGCCAGCUGCUCUGAAAGCACAAUGUUCUCCGAGGGUCCUGGAGUUGGCAGAACCUCUUGCACGUUAA